AUGGUGUUUACUUCGAGCAUCAAGGAUGUUGAUGACACUCUGCAGACUUUGCCCGACGGUCAGGCCGAACUAGGUACGCCUCUGACUCCCGAAGAGGACCGUCGCAUUCGUCGCAAAGUGGACUUGGUCAUCAUCCCACUUCUCUUUGUUUCCUACCUCUUGCAAUACCUCGACAAGCAAGCCAUGGGAUAUAGUGCCAUAUUGGGUCUACGAACAGACUUGAAACUUGAGGGUCAGGACUAUUCCUGGGCGACCAGCUUGUUCUACUUUGGAUAUCUGAUUGCCUCCGGGCCGGUUGCUUGGCUGCUUAUUCGUUUGCCCGUUGGCCGCUGCCUUUCAGGAGCCAUGGGAGUUUGGGCGGCAAUCUUGAUGUUGACUGUGUUGUGUAAGAACGCAUCUGGUCUCUGGGCAGCUCGUUUCUUUCUCGGGUUCGUAGAGUCAAUUAUUGCCCCUGCAAUGAGCCUCAUGAUAUCCAUGUGGUACAAGAAAUCAGAGCAGCCCCUUCGCCAGUCGGCUUGGUUCAUGGGUAAUGUGACUGGAGGGCUAUGCGGUGGGUUGCUGGGAUACGCAAUCGGCCAUAUUGAUACGAUUGCGCCUUGGAGGGCACUUUUCCUCCUUUUUGGCGGUCUCACCCUAGCUUGGUCAACUCUCUGCUGGUUCGGACUACCAAAUGAUCCGCUCGAUGCGUGGUUUCUCUCAAAGGAGGACCAGGUCAAGGCUCUGGAGCGGGUUCAGGAUAAUCUCACCGGCGUCAAGAACCAUCAUGUGAAGCGAUAUCAAAUCGUGGAAGCAUUGCUGGACCCGAAGACAUGGCUUCUCGCGGUGUUCCAAUUUACCCAGAACGUGCCCAACGGGGGUUUUGCCUCUAUUGUCGUGGAAGGCUUCGGGUUCAGCACUCUUGAUACCCUCUUGGUUCAGAUGAUCGGUACCGGGUUUCAGAUUGUGUUUGUUGCCAUGUCUGCCUUUGGUAGCACAUACUUCAAAAAUACCCGCACUUAUUGGAUGACGUUCAACUCUACCAUGGCGCUUAUCGGCUCUGUCAUGAUUCGACAAAUCAACCCUGAGCUCAUCUGGGCUCGAUUCAUGGGGUACUGUCUCAUCAUCGCGUUCUCGGCCAGUUUCCCCUUGACGAUGGUGAUGAUCACGAGCAACACGGCAGGGUUUACCAAGAAAACGACUGUUACCGCAGUGGUCUUCGUUGCAUACUGCGCUGGUAAUAUUGUCGGACCGCAAAUCAUGUUCGCUAGAGAAGCACCCAGUUACCCUUCAGGGUUCGCGGGCAUGCUGGCUUGCUUUGCUUGCUCCAUCAUCACCACAUUGGUUCUGCGAUACUAUCUCAUCUGGGAGAAUGCAAAGCGCGAUGCCGCAAACCAGUCGCUGGAGGUUGUUGAAGUCGAUGGUGUUGAAGUGCCGUCAAGCUCGCUAAAUCUGCUCGAUAGAACGGACCGCGAGCUGCGUCAAUUCCGCUAUGUCUACUGA